AUGCCUGAAGGGCCUCGCUCUACUCUGUCAGUAACGGAUCUUCAGGUUGUUUCUGGAGACCCCGCGUAUCUUCCUUGCGAUAUCGCUACGUCUGUGCCAAACGAUCAUGUGCUCUUAGUCUUAUGGUAUAAAGAGGACUUGGGAACUCCAAUUUACAGUGUGGAUGGAAGAGAGCGGGAUUUCGGCCUUGCAGAGCGGUGGUCCGAUGAAAAUGUGUUUGCAAACAGAGCCUACUUUAUGCCCGAGAAGCAACCGGCAGAACUGGGUGUUGACCACAUCCGGGAGUCCGACCAGGGUGUAUAUCGAUGUAGGGUGGAUUUUAAAAUUGCCCAAACACGAAAUAGUAAAGUUAAUCUCACCGUAAUCGAGUGGAAAGUUUGA